UGUUAUUAAAUUUGCAUUAUAUCGCCAUUUAAUUUUAAUAUUCAAAAAUGAAUUCUCGCAUUUAUAUUGGAAGGCUGAGUUAUAGAGUUAGAGAAAGAGACAUCGAGAGAUUCCUCAAAAAUUACGGACGUGUUAGAGAAAUUAUGUUAAAGAAUGGAUAUGGUUUUGUGGAAUUCGAGGAUUCUCGAGACGCAGAUGACGCUGUUUUCGAGUUAAAUGGCAGAGAAUUAUGUGGAGAACGGGUUGUAAUUGAGCACGCGAAAGGUAUUCCUCAUGGUCGAGACGCUUGGAAAGAUAGGGAAAGAGGAAUUGAAUACACCAAUAAAAGAGAGCGUUAUGAUGAUGGGGACAAGCCGAAAGCGUCACCUUCUGGGUUCAGGUGUGUUAUAGAAAACGUGUCAACUCGUGCUACUAAACAUGAUAUCAAAGAUUUGCUAAGAAAAUGUGGUGACAUCUUGAAUAUUGAAUUUAGAUCAGAUUAUGCGACUGUCGAGUUUAUGACUGCUAAAGACAUGAAGUAUGCUAUCGAUAAAUAUUAUGGUGUCGAGUUCAUGGGUCACAAAAUCAAACUCUUUGAAGAAAAGCCCUCUGAUGUGAGAUCCAAGAAAAGAAGCUAUUCACCAACUGGGAAAAGCCCAGUUCAUGCAUCUAUAAGUCGCAGCAAAAGCAGGAGUUCCGCAUCAGUGAGAUCUCAUUCAAGAUCUCCAAAAAAAUCGAAAGCCAGGGGUGGAAGUAGAGAACAUAUUGAAGGAGUUAAUAACAGUAAUGGGAACAAAAUUAGACAUGAUUCUGAGAAAUCUUCUAUUGCCUCAUCAUAUUCAAGAUCCCCCUCUCGAUAAAAUUUAUUCAAUAUGAAAUUAUGUUUUAUACUCAUAAAUAUUGUAAAUAUAUUAUAAAUUCUAUAUUUCUUUAGAUUGAUUAUGUAAUGCAUCCUGUAUAUGUAUAUAUAAUAAAUAC